AUGUCGGAGCUAGAGAAACGGUUGGUGCGUAAGCUGGAUUGCUUUAUCUUGGUGUAUUGCUGCGCGGCUUACUUUUUCAAUUACCUCGAUCGCUCAGCAUUUGCAAAUGCCUAUGUUUCCGGACUAAAAGAGUCUCUCCGUCUGGAGGGCAACCGGUACAGCAUCUUACUAUCCACGUUCACAGCGGGAGCCUGCGCCGGUCAAAUCCCCCACGCCCUCAUCAUCCAAAAAGUAGCGCCGCGCUUCUGGCUUCCUUUCACGCUGAUACUUUGGUCCUGUCUUACCAUGUGUUCUGCCGCGUGCAGGACGUACACUCAGCUAUGCGUUGUGCGUUUCUUCCAGGGGUUCUUUGAGUCGAGCCUGUAUAGUGGUACUAUAUAUAUCCUCGGGUCGUGGUAUAAACCACUGGAGAUCGCGAAACGCACUGCGAUAUUCACGGCCAUCGGGCAGAUAGGCAGUAUGUUCGCUGGGGUCAUGAUGACGGCUAUGAACGAGGGGUUGCAGGGCCGGACGUCGCUGCAAGGCUGGCAGUGGGUGUUUAUCCUCAACGGCGCUAUGGGCAUUCCCUUCGGCAUCUUCGGCCUGAUAUUCUUCCCCAACCUCCCCGAAUCUCCAAACCUUUUCUACCUCAACAAGGUCGAAAUCCAACUAGCCCUCGACCGCCUCCCACCCAAGCGAGACUGGGGCCAUGAUAUCAGCCUCAAAUCACUUGCCAAGCGCCUCUUUACAACCCCAGACCUCUACAUUCUCACGCUAUACUCCAUGGUGGGCAGUGCACUAGAAGCCAUUGUCCUACAAGGCCUAUUCCUCCUAUGGGUGAAAGCCCACAUCACGCAAUUCCCCUCAUACGCCACGACAACAUAUCCCCUAGGUAUCCAAGCCGUGUCGAUCGUGUCCAACAUCGGCGCGGGCUAUGUGAUCGACAUGACAAACCAACGCAUACCGAUGGUUGUUCUCGCAGGCGUUCUCCAACUCCUCGUCGCGACCCUUUUACUCGUCCCCAGCCUGCCCACUGCCGGCGUGUUCUUCGCCUUCUAUCUAUCCGGCACUUCGUAUGUAGUUAAUCCCAUCUUGUACGGGUGGGCGAGCGUCAUCUUACAGCGCGGCGGCGACGAUGCGUCGCGGUCUAUUGUGCUCUAUGCGAUGAGUAUGGUGCAGUCGAUUCUGUAUACCUUCUGGGGGGUUGCGUUGUACCCUGCGACUGAUGCGCCGUACUGGAAGAAGGGGUAUGUGACUAUGAUCGUUGUGGUGUUUGCGUUCUUUGGCACUACGGCUGCUGUGCAAUGGCUCGACAGGAGAUCGCGACGUGUCGAGAGUGACGCGCAUGAGCAUGUGGUGAGUACGCAAGAGAUGACGCGAAGUGACGCAAAAAAGGACUGA